GUACCCAGACUGCUGCGCGCAAUUGCGCUUCAUUCAACUCAACUGCGGUUGCGUUUCGAUGCGGGUGCGAAUUCUUUUCUCUACACUGGUUAAGAUGGGACGAUUCCUUGUUAAAUAAACAUAUAAUUACGACAGAAGAGGAUUUACUUUUUUUAUUUUCGUAUAUUCUUGCUUAAGUUUUUGUUAUCUUAUUGCGAUUUUUUUCUAUUGUCUUUCAAAUAACUGGAUUAAUUUUGCAUAAUGAGUUUAAUAUUUCUCCUCACGUUUUCGCCAAGAAAUGUUUAGGAACCCUUGACUGGAUCGCUCCUGCAAUUGGCUAUCAACGAAACGAAUAUGGCAAAAAAUAUUAUAGACGUCCCGAGGGAUGAUUUAAGUAAGAUAUCGGAUGAAGAGCUACUUAAAUGUAGCAAAGAAGAUCUUCUUAGGAGACUCCGAAAAGCGGAUAAUGAGAAGAUGAACUUGAUGGCGGAGCAUGGGAACAUGAUGAAGGACGUCAACCGCAGACUGCAAGUGCAUCUCCACGAGAUACGGAGUUUGAAGGAGGUCAACCAGAAACUGCAAGAGGACAACCAGGAGCUUAGGGAACUGUGUUGCUUUUUGGAUGAUGAUCGGCAGAAAGGGAAAAAGCUUUCAAGGGAAUGGCAGAGAUUUGGCAGGUACACCGCCAGCGUUAUGUGGAAGGAGGUUAGCGUGUUCCAGCAAAAACUGAAAGAUCUGGAAGCUGGACAGGAGAGUCUAAUGAAAGAAAAUACAGAGCUGAAGGAGAUUAUUGUAAUGUUGGAUGAUGAGAGGAAUGGGGCUGGAUCUAGGAGCUCCAUAGACAGCCAGUCUAGUUUGAAUAACCUGAAUGGUGGCUCUGGUACUGUGAGAGAUGUUGGAGAUGGGAGCAGCACAUCCAGUACUGGUAGUGCUGGAAGUCCAGAUCACCAUCACAGUCAUCUGCUUAAGCCUUCAGAGGGCAAGAUGGUGUCUAUACGAAGGUCUAUGGAUGAUCUGUCCACAAACCAUCUGCUUAGGACCAUACCCAAUGGACAUAAUGAUUCUUCUUCAAACUACAUUCACCAACUUGAGACUAAAGUCCGGAUUUUAGAGGAUGACAACAAACAGCUAUUAUCUCAGCAGGGGAACGUUGGAGAUCUGAAGACGCUUCGGAAAGGGUUUUCCCUGUAUCACUCAGAGUCCCAGCUCACCUCGCUUUCUCAGUAUCAGGACACGUUACCGAACAGUUCUACACGGAUGUCUGGAGGGGAUCUGCCAUCCCCUGUCACAGGAUACCUACCAGCAGCACAGAAACCUGAAGCUGUAGUACAUGCCAUGAAAGUAUUGGAGGUGCAUGAAAACCUGGAUAGGAAAAUCUCAGAGGACUAUGAGGAGGACCUUAGUGAGAAAGAGAAAGCAAUUGUUAGACAGAUGUGUAAUGUGGUGUGGCGUAAGCUCGGUGACGCGACGGGAUCGAAACCCUCCAUCCGCCAACAUCUCUCUGGGAAUCAGUUCAAAGGCCCUUUGUAGCUCCGUGUCAAUGACCAGCAGAGCUUUGAACAAACAAAUAAAUCUGUGAAUAUGACAAGAGGAACAGACAGUCUCAAAACUAGGCAACUUUGCAUCUACUGCCAGCUUCUCUUCUCUCUGCCCAUUGCAUUCAGCUGAGACAUUUCAGUCAUAUUACCUACAAUAGCAGCUGGUAGAUUAUACAGUAAAGUUUUCACUACAAGCACAAGCAAAAUAAUAGAUCGAUUUAUCUGCAUACCAUACCAGUAUUCAGAAAAUGCAGCUUAAUGUAUUCAUGUUUUAUUCCAGAAAAAAGCACAGGGAUUAAUGUAAAUCUCUUAAAACCACUCCAACAUAAUUUAACCAUUUCACUCCUAAAAACUCCUAGAUUUUGACCAUAUUAUUCAUGGUAAUGGCAGGCAAUAAAAUUCCAGUUACUUCCUUGAAAAAAAUAUAUUCAAUCACCAAAGCCACUGGAAGUUGAUUUGCAACCUAUUAGCUCAGGUUCCCAGACUAAUACUAUAAUGCUAUACAUUUAAUAUGUCAGUAAAAACUUAAUUCUAAAAGGUUCAUUGUGUAAAUUUUAGAAGGAUCUCUUUACAGAAAUGCAAUAUUAUAUACAUAACUAUAUUAUCAGUGUUGUAUAAAGACCUUACAAAAUGAACUGUAUUGUUUUUAUUACCUUAGAAUGAGCCGUUUUGAUCUACAUACACUGCGGGUCCCCUUACAUGGAAGUCGCUGCCAUGUUUCUACAGUAGCCCUAAAUGGACAAACUGUUCCAUAGGAUGCUAAGUUUUGUCACUACGAUGUCACAGACGAUGACAUGUUUGUUCUGUGACGGCUAACGUAGCUUCUCUAUGCGUUUCGAAAGGGAGGGUUGAGCUGUGGAAUUAAACAUAUAUAUUGGUAUAUUCAUGGUUGCAAUUCAGAGACUCACCACUAGAUACCGCUAAAAUCUACACAGUGGACCUUUAAAUUUCAGUUACUAUUAAAUAAAUUUUGUCCUUAAAUGUUAUAAAGCUAAACAAAUUGAAGUCACAAAGUGCAAGGAAUAUUACUAAAUGUAUUGACAAUCAUGAUUAAUUGAAGCUGUUUUCAGUUUUGUUGUCAAAUGAAAGCAAAUAUGGCCGAGCCCUCUGAACGAUGCAUAUGAGACUAUAUGGCUUUGUGGAUAUGUAUACACCCCUUCCUUUAAAGUACUAUUCAAUCUAUAUGAGGUCUACAGAUAACUGUUGUCCUUUGUGUACAAUUUUAACUUCUAGAUACAUAAUAGGUGCAAUACUCAAACCGAGAAGAUACUGUAUUGGAUGUGGGAGUAUUGGAUGCUUUCAUUUCAGUCUGAUUCAAGUUUACAGUGCUGGGUAUCUUCAAUACAAUAUGUCUAAAAGCAUCACGUAUGAUGAAACUUUAGCACGGGCGGUUUUAAUGAAGUACAGUAGGUGGUGAUUGGAGCAUGUAAAAUACCUCAGCCAAUCACACUGUCCCUUACACAUUUACCCAGCUUAAUAUUUCUGCACAUAGAAAAAACAUUAUAAAAUCGAGCCCUAGGUGUUAAAAAAACACGCUAUGAGGUUUUAUUAUUAAUAAUAAGGUUUCGCUGAGUUUUAUUUCUGUUCCAUAGACUUAGUUCAUGUGACCACCACGCAAUAUGUAUAUGAGAUAGCACAGUUUUGUGUGUAUUUGAUCUCUAUAGAAGUCUUAUGAAUGGACGAUGUUUAGUUAAAUGUGGAUGCAGUAAAUAAUUUUAAGUUCUAUUAUUCAGAUUGUAAAUGUUGAUAUUGAUAUUUGUAAAUGAGAUCUGCCUCAAAAGAUACUUGCUGCAUUCACACAAAUGAUCUUUUUUUGAAAACCAGUGACCCGAUAAGCCAUAAUUUUGUAUUGUUCGUUUAAAUCAAAGCUAUUUUGAGCUUUGCAGAAAUCCCUCAAGCGAUCAAGUUAUUUUUGUAUUAAAUCUGCGAUUGUUUGAAAGUUUCAUUCAUUUGUAUAUUUAUAAGAGCACUUUCACAGUGCUAAAUUGAAUUAACAUUCGUAUUGGAUGGUUUUGUUCACCUUAGAUUCAGCAGGUGGCUUUUGGCAGCGAGUUAACUUGUUUGUUCUACAUUUAAGUGGACAAAAUGAGCAGCAAACAUUUUAAAAAGGAAAGAAUAUAAUUACGCAUUUAUGUGUAGACCUUUUAGAAUUAUGUAAUUGCGUAUUGAGGUUUUUUAAUAAUUAAGAUGUGUGAUCAAAACAGUAUAAAUUGUCUCACAGUACCUAAAAAAUAGGUACACCCAUUUCUAAAAACUCUUUUAUUUUUUAUUUUGUUUUUUAAGUGUCAUUUCUACACAACUACUGAUUUUUUUAUUUUAUUUGUUCAUUUUAAAGCACAAAAGAAUCUGAAAUGCUGUUAUUUUUCUUUUUUUUAAAUGCACUGCUUCUUUUGUGAAUAAUAAUUUGAUAUGUUUAAUUCAAUUUAUGUUUAAAUUGUUUUUAAAUUCAAUGUUCAGUUUAGCUUGUCUGUAUGUUAAAUAUAAAACUGUAUUCUAGGACAUACAAUUCAGUGCUAUGUAAAUAACUUACUGUAGAAUACCUGUAACUAGCAUGUUUAUAUAUUUUAAUAAGCUGUAUGUAGCCGAGAAUGGACCUGUAUUUUAGCAGAUAAAUAAAUUGCAAAUAACCCUCUUGUAGGUUCAAAAGAAAAUCUGUG